AUGGCAGAGGAACGCAAGCUGCCAUUCGGCAUCACAUCCGUCAUGCCAAGCACCGCACAGACAAUUGCCGAUAGCAAGGUCACAGGAUUCACUAUCGGCUCCCAGAAGCGCACCAACCCCUUCCAGAAGCACAAGGAAGAAGCCGAGAUGAAACGAAGGAAAGAAGCUGAGGAGGCAGAGAAGGUGCUGGAGGAGUUCACUGCGUCCUUUGAUGUGGACAACUCUAAGCAGAACAGGAAGUUUGUCAAGGGGAAGUCGACCUUUGUUCCCACAGUCUCUGUGUUCGGUCAGGACGAUGAUGAGGAAGAAAACGAGGCAGAAAAGGAGGCAGUGGCAAAUACAAAGGCAGGACAGAAGCCGCCAGGAUUUGUUCAGGCUUCAACUACAGCAGCGACAACCCUGUCAGCGGCAACAACGCCUAUAAAGUUGCCUGCCGCCAAGGCAGUACAGGAGCAGGAGAGCACACCUUACAUUCGCGAUGCCAAAGCCCGUCGGAAGAAGGAGAUGGAUGACCAUUUGGAGGCAAUCAAAAAGGCUCAAGCAGAACGGGAAGAGCGUGCAAGUAACAAGCCAAGUCAUCCAGCUGCUGGUAACAGGAACUCGAAUGCUGCCGUGUUCAGGAAGAGGAUUUUCUAUUACCUAGGAUGUGAAUACAAGGUGGGAUCGAGAGACACGGGCGAUCCAAGCACGUCAAACUUGUACGUCGGAAACCUUCACCCACAAGUCAACGAAGAGCAACUUUGCAUGGAAUUUGGCAUUUGUGGACCUAUCGCCAGUGUCAAGGUCAUGUGGCCUAGGACGCAGGAGGAGAUUGACAGGGGUUGCAACAUUGGGUUUGUCAACUUUAUGGAGCGUGUAGAUGCGGCAAAGGCGUUGAGGGAGAUGGAGGGGAAAGAAAUUCUUGGCUUCCCUGUGAAACUCGGCUGGAGCAAAGCAGCCCCUAUCCCUGCCGAACCUCUCUUUGUUCACAAGGACUACAAGGCGCCACCAAAAGCUGCCAAGGUCCAGGUCAGGAAAACAGUACCACCUUCAAGCACGGAUAUCAUUGUGACAAAACCAACGGACCCCAUGACACUAGUCAUCAUCCAUCGCGUGGUCGAGAAAGUGCUGAUCAACGGCGCUGACUUUGAGGAUGUUCUCAUCGAAAAUGAGUUCCGGAAUCCUUCCUUUGCCUUCCUUAUUAACCUCAAGUCGCCAGAACAUAUCUAUUACCGCUGGAGGUUGUAUUCGAUGAAACAAGGGGACACAGCGACGCGGUGGAGGACAGAGCCGUUCAAGAUGGUUGAAAGUGGGCCAAUGUGGGUUCCACCUCUGAUGUCAUUCUCGGACGAGAUCAUGGAAGAGGACCAACGGCUCCUGGAGGCACAUGAGGAAGAGUUUGAGAAGGCGAUUGUCAGGGGAACACUCACCGCAGACGAGAUUGUACAGAUUUUGGUGGAGGCAAUGGUUUUGUCGACGACCCCACAGCAAGUGCGGAUGGCCCGUCUCUACUUGAUCUCGGACAUCUUGCACAACAGUAGUAUCCCUCUACCGAACGUGUGGAAACUCCGGUCGGCGCUCGAAGUCAAGCUUCCUGUGAUGUUUGAGGGUCUCAAUGCGAUCUAUCACCAGAUCGAUGCACGAAUGAAGGCAGAGCAGUUCCGGAGACAGAUUACGGGUGUCUUGGGGGUCUGGGAGAACUGGAUCGUUUUUCCUCAACACUAUAUUGCCAAUUUGGGCGCCCUGUUGGUUCGAAAGGAUGUUGGAGCGGGAGCAUGCGAAGCGGGACAGCAGCAGGAGACGGGUGUGGACUCGCCAACACCUUCGACGACUGCUGGCUUCGGGCAGUUGAGUACCUUUGAGACGGUUGGGGCGAUGGAUGGUGAUAUUGAUGGCGAGCCGAUGGGUGACAAUACUAAUGUGGAUGAAGAUUUGGACGGUGUGCCUCUGGAUGAGGAUCUGGAUGGUGUACCCAUGGACGACGAUGACCUCGAUGGCGUACCACUUUGA